AUGGGUAACUAUGGUAAUGGACUGGCCCCAGUUAAUGGAGUGAUCCCGGGUAAUGGAGUGAUCCCGGGUAAUGGAGAGGCCCCAGUUAAUGGAGGGGUCCCGGGUAAUGGAGAGAUCCCGGGUAAUGGAGAGGCCCCAGUUAAUGGAGGGGUCCCGGGUAAUGGAGUGAUCCCGGGUAAUGGAGAGAUCCCGGGUAAUGGAGAGAUCCCGGGUAAUGGAGUGAUCCCGGGUAAUGGAGUGAUCCCGGGUAACGGAGAGAUCCCGGGUAACGGAGUGAUCCCGGGUAACGGAGAGAUCCCGGGUAACGGAGAGAUCCCGGGUAACGGAGUGAUCCCGGGUAACGGAGAGAUCCCGGGUAACGGAGAGAUCCCGGGUAACGGAGAGAUCCCGGGUAACGGAGAGAUCCCGGGUAACGGAGUGAUCCCGGGUAACGGAGUGAUCCCGGGUAACGGAGAGAUCCCGGGUAACGGAGUGAUCCCGGGUAAUGGAGAGAUCCCGGAGGCCCCGGGUAAUGGAGAGAUCCUGGGUAAUGGAGAGAUCCCGGGUAAUGGAGAGAUCCCGGGUAAUGGAGUGAUCCUGGGUAAUGGAGAGAUCCCGGGUAAUGGAGAGAUCCCGGGUAAUGGAGUGAUCCUGGGUAAUGGAGAGGCCCCGGGUAAUGGAGAGAUCCCGGGUAAUGGAGUGAUCCUGGGUAAUGGAGAGAUCCCGGGUAAUGGAGAGAUCCCGGGUAAUGGAGUGAUCCUGGGUAAUGGAGAGGCCCCGGGUAAUGGAGAGAUCCUGGGUAAUGGAGAGAUCCCGGGUAAUGGAGAGAUCCCGGGUAAUGGAGAGAUCCCGGGUAAUGGAGUGAUCCCGGGUAAUGGAGUGAUCCCGGGUAAUGGAGAGGCCCCGGGUAAUGGAGAGGCCCCGGGUAAUGGAGAGAUCCUGGGUAAUGGAGAGAUCCCGGGUAAUGGAGAGAUCCCGGGUAAUGGAGAGGCCCCAGUUAAUGGAGAGAUCCCGGGUAAUGGAGUGAUCCCGGGUAAUGGAGAGAUCCCGGGUAAUGGAGUGAUCCCGGGUAAUGGAGAGAUCCCGGGUAAUGGAGUGAUCCCGGGUAAUGGAGUGAUCCCGGGUAAUGGAGAGAUCCCGGGUAAUGGAGAGGCCCCAGUUAAUGGAGAGAUCCCGGGUAAUGGAGAGGCCCCAGGCAGACCCAAUCAUGAAAACAAUGCAAAUUACUUCAAUCAUAUGAACCAGUAA